CCCGGGAGCUCGCACGGGAGCCCAAGCCAGCUUGCUGCGGAGGCCGGCGAGCGCCCGGCGCUCUCAGGCGCGCGAAGGAGAUGGCUGGCACCCGGGAACAAUAUGGGUGAAAGCCCAGCCUCUGCGGUUCUUAAUGCCUCAGCAGGAUUAUUUUCACUAAAGAUGGAAACACUGGAGUCUGAAUUGACCUGUCCAAUCUGCCUCGAGUUGUUUGAAGACCCCCUUCUGCUCCCUUGUGCUCAUAGCUUGUGUUUCAGCUGUGCCCAUCGCAUCCUGGUCUCAAGCUGCAGCUCCGGUGAAUCCAUUGAACCCAUUACUGCUUUUCAGUGUCCUACAUGCAGGUAUGUUAUCUCGCUGAAUCACCGGGGCCUGGAUGGCCUCAAGAGGAAUGUGACCCUGCAGAACAUUAUUGAUCGCUUCCAGAAGGCUUCAGUCAGUGGGCCCAAUUCUCCAAGCGAGAGCCGUCGGGAGAGGACUUACAGGCCAAGCUCCGCCAUGUCUAGUGAGAGAAUUGCUUGCCAAUUCUGUGAGCAGGACCCUCCGAGAGAUGCUGUGAAGACAUGCAUCACCUGUGAGGUCUCCUACUGUGACCGUUGCCUUCGGGCCACACACCCUAACAAGAAACCUUUCACCAGUCAUCGCCUGGUGGAACCAGUUUCAGACACACAUCUUCGAGGGAUUACCUGCCUGGACCAUGAGAAUGAGAAAGUGAACAUGUACUGUGUAUCUGAUGACCAAUUGAUCUGUGCCUUAUGCAAACUGGUGGGUCGUCACCGAGACCAUCAGGUCGCUUCCCUGAAUGAUCGAUUUGAGAAACUAAAGCAAACUCUGGAGAUGAACCUUACCAACCUGGUUAAACGCAACAGCGAACUAGAAAAUCAAAUGGCCAAACUAAUACAGAUCUGCCAGCAGGUUGAGGUGAAUACUGCUAUGCAUGAGGCAAAACUUAUGGAAGAAUGUGACGAGUUGGUAGAGAUUAUCCAGCAGAGGAAGCAAAUGAUUGCUGUCAAAAUCAAAGAGACAAAGGUUAUGAAACUGAGAAAAUUGGCACAGCAGGUUGCUAAUUGCCGCCAGUGUCUUGAACGGUCAACAGUCCUCAUCAACCAAGCUGAGCACAUCUUGAAAGAAAAUGACCAAGCACGGUUUCUACAAUCUGCAAGAAAUAUCGCUGAAAGGGUCGCUAUGGCAACUGCGUCUUCUCAAGUUCUGAUUCCAGACAUCAAUUUUAAUGAUGCCUUUGAAAACUUUGCUUUAGAUUUUUCUAGAGAAAAGAAACUAUUGGAGGGGCUAGACUAUUUAACAGCCCCAAACCCACCAUCUAUCCGAGAAGAACUCUGUACUGCCUCCCAUGACACCAUUACAGUCCAUUGGAUCUCGGACGAUGAGUUCAGCAUCAGCUCCUAUGAGCUUCAGUACACCAUAUUCACUGGCCAGGCUAACUUCAUCAGCCUGUAUAAUUCAGUGGAUAGCUGGAUGAUUGUGCCCAACAUUAAACAGAACCAUUACACAGUGCAUGGACUCCAGAGUGGGACACGCUACAUCUUUAUUGUGAAAGCCAUAAAUCAAGCGGGCAGCCGGAACAGUGAACCCACCAGACUAAAAACAAACAGCCAACCCUUUAAGCUAGAUCCCAAAAUGACUCACAAGAAGUUGAAGAUAUCCAACGAUGGAUUGCAGAUGGAGAAGGACGAAAGCUCUCUGAAGAAAAGCCAUACCCCAGAGAGAUUUAGUGGAACAGGGUGUUAUGGGGCAGCAGGAAAUAUAUUCAUUGACAGUGGCUGCCACUACUGGGAGGUGGUCAUGGGUUCUUCAACAUGGUAUGCAAUUGGUAUUGCCUACAAAUCAGCUCCAAAGAAUGAGUGGAUUGGCAAGAAUGCCUCUUCCUGGGUCUUCUCCCGAUGUAAUAGUAACUUCGUGGUGAGACAUAACAACAAGGAAAUGCUGGUGGAUGUGCCCUCCCAGUUGAAGCGUCUAGGUGUCCUCUUAGAUUAUGACAACAACAUGCUGUCUUUCUACGAUCCAGCUAACUCUCUCCAUCUCCAUACUUUUGAUGUGACCUUCAUUCUUCCAGUUUGUCCAACAUUCACAAUCUGGAAUAAAUCCCUAAUGAUCCUGUCUGGCUUGCCUGCCCCAGAUUUUAUUGAUUAUCCUGAGAGGCAGGAAUGCAACUGCAGGCCUCAAGAGUCCCCCUAUGUGUCUGGGAUGAAAGCCUGCCAUUAAGUGUCAAGAGAGCAUGUGAGUCACUGGCUCUCCAGUUCAGCACUUCUUCCCCUCUCAAGCCUCCAUUAGUGUUUCAUAUAUGAGAUACAAAAUAAAGUUCAUUGGGAGCACCCAAAAUAACUAGAUAGUGUAGACUUAAUUUUUGUGCAUUAAAGCUUAUGUUCGAAUUCAUGUAUUGAGUUACUCAGAACAAAUUAUCUGAAUAGUGUGGGUUUAUGCCAUUGGGGAAGAUUUUUAGAGAAUAUCUCUGUCAUCAUUGGAGAAUUAAAAAUUCCCAAUGAUUUGGGAGUAUAAAUGACACUGGAAGGAAUUAGCCUUUCUAGCAGUGGCUUGUUUGACCAGGUAAAAUUUGCACAGUGUCAAAUUAUCACAUAUUGUAUGUCAUUUUUUAAUAAACUAAUAAUCAAGGUGUUAUGAGAAUAUCAUACAUGUGUAUAUAUAAUAUAUAAAAUGACUGAAUUCAUUUUAUGAGCAAAAUGACAUAGAUCAUUUUAUCUAUUACAUAUAUACAAUAAACCUUAAUUUGUUCAUAUAAAUGAGAAAUAUAUUGAAAAGGAAAAUAAAUUAUACUGUCCAUUCUUAUUCCCUAGAUGAGACAUCACAGUAGACUGGCGGUUUUCUCUUCUUCCCUUUUAGCCUUUCUUUCCCCCUCUUGUCACACAUACAAACACAUGCAAUCAUCAAGACACAGGAAGUAAGAGAGGAGCUCUUGGUUAGAUUAGGAGAGAUGUGUGGACAAGAUUGCAUAAGAGAUGCUAAUGCUACAUUGAAAAUUGAUUCUGGUAGAAGUGUACUGUGUAGCAUAAUUUCGUUGAUAUUAUUUAAUAGAGGAGAUUUAUUUGAAUUAUUAAAAAUUGCCAUAGACUAUUUCAAAGAAAUAUAGUUUUGUUACUCUCAAAUACAUAGUUACUAGACUUAAGCUGGAAAAUAGAGUUGCAUAAGGGAGUUUCUAUAGAACUCACCUUAUUUGAUCAGUAAGAAUAGUGUUACAGGUUCAACAACUAUAUGAAUACAAAUGUACUUGUAUUUUCAGAUGAAGCACUCCUGAGACACUAUUUUCCUCGAUAGGAUCCAUACUUAUUCUUUUGUGAUUUUGUUUAUGUUAUUCAUUCACUUCAUGACAAAUAACAAAUUCCAUCCUACUUUUCAUCAGACUAGUUAAAGGAAAUUGAGCUUCAUGGUCUGUUACUUCAUCAGUUAUUUUGCAGAGAUUGGAAACGCCAGAGAAAUAGAGCCUUCUCCCAGGAGCAAAGUCUACUCUGGGUAGUUGUAAAAUGAUUACCCCUGUGUAAUUGUAAUGUGACAGUAGUAGCCAUUACCUGGAUUGUGUGUAGCCUUGAUGCAGUGUCAAAUGUUUCCCCCUCGUUCUACCAGCAUGGUGGAUUCUUAUUUAUUAAUUUGUUCAAUGAACUAUAUUAGAUGCCACACUACUGCUGCAAGAGUGCACAUAUUACUAAAAUACAGUCCUUGCUGUCAAAUGACUCACUCUUAUGCACAAGAGACAACAUAUCUCUGUAAAUCCCACUUAAUAACACUUAUGGAUUGUUUGCUUAUCUACCAUGAAAAGCAAGAUCAGUGCCGAUACACAAAGAAGGCUCAGAUUUACAUGUCAAGUGGUGAAGUCAGUUUCUUUGGCUUUAAAUGUCAUAUGUACCUUAUGGCUCAUCAGGAAAUGAGCAACCUCAGUAAAGCUCUGCAGUGCUGGUAACAAGCUUGGGAUAUUAGAAAGCUCCCAGCCUUGAGAUUGAGAUAGUUAGUUCUAGCUUCUCUGCCAUAAACUAGCAGUGUGACCUCAGGAAAGCACUUCUCCAAGCCUGUUUCCUCUUCUGUAAAAUGAUUCCGAUUUUAUAAGGCUGGUGUAAAAGUUUAACAAGGUAGUGUGUAUCAGUUGCCUAGCACAGCACCUGGCAUUCACUAUGUGUGCCACCAUCAUUCAUCUUUCCCCCAAUAUGAUUCAUUUAUUUUUUUGGAACAAAGCUUUAUUCCCUAUUCUAUAUUUGACUGCAGCCUGAGACUGCCUUUCCUUGUCCCCUCUUCCCUCAGUUAACUAGCAACCUCCCAAACUGGUUUAUGUGACCCUCUGUGGCACUCCUCUGGCACACUGAGCACCCCCUCUCAGCAAUAAUCACAUUGUAUGGUAGUAUUUUUCAGGAUGUCAUUUUCUGAAUGCCAUCCUCAGCAGACCCAUUUUAGAUCCACCCUUAGUGAUUUCUUCCUUAAAACAAUGGAUUCUUGGCCCCUACUCCUGAUAUACUUAAUUAGACUGUCUGGGAACAUAAAUAAACUUACAUUUGUGACAGGCUUCUCAGGUUAUUCUGAUUCACACAAAAGUUUAAUGUAUAGUAAUUAUCUUCUCGACUAGAGUGGGAAUACCUUGAGGGUAAGGACUGUGGUUUUUGUUGUUGUUGUAUUUUUAAUACCUAGCACAGUGUCUGGAACAAAGUAGUUGCCUGGCUAAUGUUUCUUAAAAGAAUGUAUGAAUGAACAAAUGAAUAAUCAAAAUUGCUCUGUUUGACUGUGAUGUCCAUUAGUGGUAUUUGUUAUUCUUGGGCAAGUUGGUUACUUAUUUAGUCUGUAUUGAUAUUAGUUUGUAAAUGUACCAGGGCUUAUACAUACAAAUGAACAUUGUUCCAAAUUGACAGUUAUCAUGGAGGAUUGUCUUUGGAGCAUGUGGUACCAUUCUCCCAAUAACAUUUCAUGUUUUCAUGAACUUCAAUGAACUUUGUUGUUCUUUGAAGGUAGAUUUAAGUUUUCAUUAUAGGCAGAGUUAAGCCUACUGAAAUAGGCUACUGAAAUAUAAACUGGGAAAUUUAAUAGGGUUUGUGGUAAGCAAUGAAGCUUGACUUUGAAAUCCCAACUUCUGAGGCACAUAAUUGAAAUGCCUUCCAAGAAACAACAUGGUGGCAGAUUACUCAGAGGGCUAUGAUGGGUUCCAGAUAUUUACUUCAGUAAACUUAAGGACUUUCAUAAAAUACUGGCAAUGGCAGGGACCAGAGGCUACCUCUAGCUAAAGCCAGUUGCACAAACGGAACAUGACCUACAUUUAACAUCUUCAAGAAAUGUGAUUCCAUAAACGUGGUUGUUGUUGCUUUACUUGAUCUAACUAUUCAGAACUUUUUCUCCUAGAAAAUUAUUUUCUGUCUGCAAUUUAUGCUUGUUUCCACUUUUUAUAUUGUCUUGUUGAAGAAAGCACAAAAUAAAGCUAAGCUUGUUUUGAGAAUACGAAAGAAAUUUUAAUGCCACAUUGAUGUUCUUGCUACUUGUAAGAGUAACUGCAUCUGGCUGUGUUUUUAUUAUGUAAUUCCAUUGUGUGUCUUUGGAUGCAGUGAAGUUCAUAUUGCAACAAAAUCACUUAUACAUGCUUUUCAGCUCAAGCAUUCUAGGUGAAUUCUCUCAGCUUUCAUGGUUUACAUAUUUGUAUAUGACUACCUGGAUGGAUCAAUUAAUGGAUGGACUUUUAAAUAAGCUCAGAUGCUGAAACCCCUUCUUUCAAGGAAUGGAGAAUGUGAGGCAGGUAGACAUUAACCACUCCCACAAUUAUUUGUAGCUCCUGAAGCCAAUUCCAGCCUGAGAGCCAUUGGGCUGUAUUUGGCUGUGCAUUACAAGUUGGCCAGAUUUAUUGCCAUCAGGUCAGACAAAACUGCCUUUUAUGGUGUGGUCUGCCAGCGUCAGAAAUAUGCUGUGUUAUUGUUAUUGGCUAGAAUAUUUAUUAGACUAUUGUUGGACUAUUUUUUAUCAAAUGCUUUACCCCAGGCUUGUUUGUACUGGGAGCUCUGGACGAAUAGUGUCUCUCCUAGUAACAGAAAUAUGAGCAUCUGUGGAUUACACAGUUUCACCCCUCUCUAAAGAUCCCAACCCAUCCAAAAUGCUAUAUUAUGAAUUAAAUAAAUAUAUAUGUAUUCA